AUGAUGAUCCGCAAGCAAGCCCGCCAAAGGCGAGACUACCUCUACCGCCGAGCUGUUCUCCUGCGCGACGCCGAGAUUAGCGAGAAGCGAGCCAAGCUCAAAGCAUCCCUGGCUUCUGGAAAGCCAUUGGACUCUAGCAUUGCCAACGACAAAUCGCUACGAAAGGACUACCAGUACGACGAGUCCGCCCCCGAUCACUCGACCAACGAAGCCCUCGACCUGGACGACGAGUACGCACAGCUUUCCGGCAUUGUUGACCCCAGAGUGCUCGUUACAACAUCAAGAGACCCUUCAGCAAGACUCUCUGCCUUUUCCAAAGAAAUCCGACUCCUCCUGCCUACCUCUGUCCGCAUGAACCGUGGUAAUCUCAUUCUUCCCGACCUUGUCCGCUCUUCCAAGGCUGCUGGUCUCUCCGACAUUGUCCUCCUUCACGAACACAGAGGCACACCCACCGCUCUUACGCUAUCACAUUUCCCUCAUGGCCCCACGGUAUCGUUUUCUCUCCACAAUGUUGUUCUUCGACACGAUAUCCCUGGCAGCGUCCGUGGUACUGUCAGCGAGGCGUACCCUCACCUCGUCUUUGAUGGCUUCACAACACCGCUAGGCAAGCGCAUUGUUAAGGUCUUGAAGCAUGUAUUUCCGCCUAGAGAGCCCAUCACAAACAAAAACAAGAUGGGUAACCGUAUCGUAACAUUCAAGAACAUUGACGACAGCAUCGAGGUUCGCCAUCACGUCUUUGUUCGCACCGGAUAUGACAGCGUCGAAUUGUCCGAGGUCGGCCCACGCAUGACGAUGCGACCAUUCGAGAUCCGUGGUGGCACGCUAGAGAACAAGGACGGUGAUGUUGAGUGGCAUCUGACGCAGUACACAAGAACCGCCAAGAAGAAGAACUACUUGUAA